ACAGUGGAGGGGAGAGGGAGACGCAUGCAGUCCUGAAGUCCACAGUAGUGUCUUCACAGCGCUCAGAGGAUACACAUCGAAACCAGGACUACUGUCGACUCCUCAGCACUGAGGUACUGUGUGGCUCGCUGGCAGCAGGAAGGACUAUGAGGGUGGCUGCUGCCUGCACUGCAGAGCUCUGUAACUUUGGCAGAUAGGAUCAUUAUCCCCCUGUAAGACACCCUAAGAGCGGGAAAGAUGAGGACUUGGAUUGUACUUCUUCUGUGGGCAUGUGCACACAAAACUGUUAAUGCAGUUGCCCUUUCGAGAGGGCCGGUUCGAAGGAAAACCAAAGAAAUUGAAGGACAGGAAGACAAAGAGUUGCUCAGACGUUCAAAGAGAGGAUGGAUGUGGAGACAGUUUUUUCUGCAAGAGGAAUACACAGGAACCGAACACCAAUAUAUUGGCAAGCUUCACUCGGAUAUGGAUAAAGGAGACGGCACAGUGAUGUACGUUCUCUCAGGUGAAGGUGCGGGGACGAUCUUUGUGAUAGAUGCCAGCUCAGGAGAUCUGCAUGCUACCAGGAGCCUGGACAGAGAGGAAAAACCUUUCUACUCGCUUCGAGCCCAGGCUGUCAACAAGAAGACCGGUGUCCCACUGGAGCCAGAGACCGAGUUUAUUGUGAAACUACACGACAUCAAUGACAAUGAGCCCAAGUUUGACAAGGAGGUUUAUACAGCGUCCGUACCUGAGAGGUCACACAUUGGCACCUAUGUCACUCAAGUUACCGCCCAGGAUGCAGACGAUGAAAUGUUUGGCUACAGUGCAAAGCUAGCCUACAGCAUCAGCCAGGGUCAUCCAUACUUCUCAGUAGAGCCAAACACAGGUAUAAUCCGGACAGCUUUGGGACCUUCCGAUAUGGACAGAGAGCAGAGGGAGCACUACCAGGUGGUGAUCGAAGCCAAGGACAUGGCCGGCCAGAAGGGGGGCUUAACAGGCAGCACCACAGUAAACAUCAGCCUCACUGAUGUGAAUGACAACCCCCCUCAUUUCACACAGAGUAUAUAUCAGUUCAGCGUUCCAGAGCUCACCAACGUAGGAUCAUCAGUUGGGAGGAUCGAGGCUGUGGAUGCCGACGUCGGCAGAAACGCAGAGAUGGACUACACCGUUGUUGGCGGAGACGGUCUGGAUGUGUUCGAUAUCAGCACUGACAGGAAGACCCAAGAAGGCAUACUUAGCGUAAAGAAGCCUCUGGACUACGAGAAGAAGAAAUCAUACUUGCUUCAGAUCAAGGUCCAAAACAUGCAUCCAGAUCCACGAUUUCUGAGCCUGGACGCUAAGGACAUAGCAACUGUCAGGAUCAGCAUUGAGGAUGUGGAUGAGCCCCCACAAUUUCAGAAAGUCAGCUAUAUUUUGGAGGUGAAAGAGGACGCGGCUGUGGGCACAGUGAUAGGAUCGGUCAGUGCCGUGGAUCCUGACAUACGCCGCAGUCCGGUCAAGUAUUCAAUUGAUCGGCACACAGAUGUGGACCGGGUUUUUGGUGUUUAUGCUGGGAAUGGAUCUAUAUUCCUGCAGAGGCCUCUGGACCGUGAGGAAUUCGCUUGGCACAACAUUUCAGUGAUCGCAACCGAGUUCAGACACUUAGACAACCCAGAGCAGACCAGCCGAGUGCCUGUGUACAUCCGCGUACUUGAUGUCAACGAUAACCCCCCUAUGCUGGCAUCCUUCUACGAGACCUUCGUCUGUGAAAACGCCAAAGUCGGACAGAAAAUCCAGACAAUAAGUGCAGUGGAUCUAGAUGACCCAGUUGGUGGACAUCGCUUCUUGUUCUCCUUGGCACCAGAGAGCUCAGUGCGAGCAAACUUCUCAGUCCGAGAUAAUGGAGAUAACACAGCUGGAAUCUUUACACGACGCUCCGGAUUUGGCCGAAUGCACAAGAGCACCCAUCUAGUGGCGGUGGUGAUCUCAGAUGGAACUUUUCCAAUGCAGAGCAGCACGGGCACACUCACAGUUCGGGUGUGCACGUGUGACCGAGAUGGCAACAUGGAGAUGUGCAAUGCAGAGGCUCUGACCAGCUCUGCGGGGCUCAGCACGGGGGCGCUGGUGGCCAUCCUACUCUGCAUCCUCAUCCUGCUCUUGAUCGUAGUACUCUUUGCUGCCCUGAAACGUCAGAAGAAGAAAGAGCCCCUGAUCAUCUCCAAGGAGGACGUGAGGGACAAUGUCGUCAGCUACAAUGAUGAGGGUGGCGGCGAGGAGGACACACAGGCCUUUGACAUCGGAGCCCUUCGGCAUCCGGAAGCGAUGGAGGACAGCAAAAUGCGUCGGGACAUCCUUCCCUCCGAGUCACUCUACCCCCCGCCGCCGCUCCGUAGGACCAUUGUGCCGUCCCGAGAGAACACAGACGUGCUGGACUUUAUCAACCAGCGCGUGCAGGAAAAUGACGGCAACCCCACGGCUCCUCCUUAUGACUCGUUGGCCACCUACGCGUACGAAGGUAACGGAUCGGUGGCCGAGUCGCUCAGCUCACUGGGGUCCGUGUCCUCGGAGGGGGCGCAGGACUAUAACUACCUCAGCGAGUGGGGGCCACGCUUCAGGAAGCUAGCAGACAUGUAUGGCGGGGAGGACAGUGACUGGGACUCCUAAUGGACAGACUGCAGAACAAGACUCAUUUGUUGAUCUGCCUCUACAUGAAGACUGGAGUGCCAGAAUGAGGCAGCCUAAUUUCUUUUACAAAGUGCCCUUUUCUCCUUCUCUGUGUCCUACAAUCAGGCAGCCGGUUUCUCUGUCGUCACUGGCUGUGCGUUUUCUCAAAAGAUGAGACUAACUUCAUGCUCGGUGAGGAGGACGUAUCUGUCUGCGGACUUCUCAUCAGAAAGAUCAUCUGUGGUGACAUUUUUUCUGCAUAAUCCCAGAUUGAUUGUUCUGGAAGGGUCUACGGUCUUUCAUAUCUGUAACCAUCACUGAAAAGCCAAGCAUCAGAUGCGGAAACUCUGUUCAAAUACUGCUGCAAAGAACAGUUUAUCAGUUGACAUUGAGCCUCUGAAACAUUUGAAGUGAACUUGAGCAGGUCAUUGACUAAAAGGCCGAGGUUGAGUACUUUAUGAAAGUAAACUCGGGCCUGUGAAUUCACCAUCAGACCUCACUGUGUUGCGGGUGGCUUAGAACCAAACAGUUCAACAUCUGACUGGGAUGAAUUUUCAAACUCUUACUAUUAACCAUUUGCAUAAUUUUAUUAAUCUACUUACACAGUCAAGAAAAUAUGUGUUGUCCUGUAACUCGGAAUCAAGACUGGUUGUGUGAAACCCGUCUAGAAAAUGGGUCAGGAGAUGUUUCAUGGUUGGCACUGGUUUUCAUCAUCCACAUGAAAAAAAAAAAAAAAAAAAAUGCCAGAAGCUUACAAUUAUCUGCUAUGUCAUUGGACCUAAAUGUGUUUCUUCUUCUUUUAGCAGUCUGACUAGCGUUUGGUUGAACUCAGAACUGCUUAGUAUGACUUUCUUCUUGUGAGAGACACUUCCACGUGGUCCCUUAAUGACAUACUGCAAAAGAAUAGCCAGGGAAGUAAUAAAAGCUCAACUGAUUUAUUCCUUGGCUGAAUGUUAACCACAACAGUGUUGUAUUGAGGUG